CAAUUGUCUUUUCUUCUGUCUCGUUACCCAAAAUUUAAAAACUGAGUCUUGCUGCUUCUGCGAAACACCACCCAAACCAGAAAUAUAUAUAUAUAUAUAUAUAAAUCCUUAACGGCCUCAUUUCCAAUUUUCCAUGACUCAAGAGAAUGCUGUUCCUGUCGGAGUCCAAGAUGUAUAAACCCAAAACAGAAACUCCCACCAACCCGUCUCAUCAAGAAACCAGAAAUGAGACUCAUUUUGCCCCCUUACCCCUGAACAUGAAAUAGCAGCCGUGAAGCAAGAAAACCACCGCAAUCUUUCAGUGUCGCCACCACCAAUCUCCGGAGAUUGGAACCCUAACACGCACCUCUCAGAUCAAGAAAUUACAAGCAUAAGAAAUAAACAAGAUAAUCCCCACAUUUUCACUCAAGAAUGUCCCAUCUUGACCACACUCCAUCAACGCCAGGCAAAUUCAAGAUGGACAAAUCUCCAUACUCAUACAGCCGAGCUAGGUGCCCCUCAUCUUUAGCUAAACUCAUAUUCUGGUCUCUUCUCUUUAUUGGCUUGAUUUUCCUCUUCUUUUAUCGACCCCCUUCAUCAUCCACCAAUCCUCUACGGUCCGAUCGAUCCCGCCGGUCUCUUCAGAUUUCUUGGGGCGGCUCCGCCUGGGAAAAGCGGGUACGAGCCUCCGCCAGUAGCCGCUCUCGGAAUGGGUUCUCUGUACUCGUCACUGGCGCUGCCGGUUUCGUUGGGACACACGUCUCUGCAGCUUUGAAACGCCGCGGCGAUGGCGUUCUGGGGCUUGACAAUUUCAAUGAUUACUAUGACCCAUCUCUGAAACGAGCUCGCCAAGGGCUUCUUGAACGCGCCGGAGUUUAUAUUGUGGAAGGAGAUAUAAAUGAUGUAUCUUUGUUAAAGAAGCUGUUUGAAGUUGUGAAAUUUACACAUGUGAUGCAUUUGGCUGCUCAAGCUGGGGUUAGGUAUGCAAUGGAAAACCCUAACUCUUAUGUGCAUAGCAACAUUGCUGGUCUUGUUACUUUAUUAGAGGUUUGCAAAGAUGCAAAUCCACAACCUGCAAUUGUAUGGGCGUCUUCUAGUUCUGUUUAUGGUCUUAAUACAAAAGUACCCUUCUCUGAGCAAGAUAGAACUGAUCAACCUGCUAGCUUGUAUGCUGCUUCUAAAAAGGCUGGAGAGGAAAUUGCACAUACUUAUAAUCAUAUUUACGGUCUUUCCCUUACUGGGUUACGAUUUUUCACCGUUUAUGGUCCAUGGGGGAGACCGGAUAUGGCUUACUUCUUCUUCACUAGAGAUAUUUUGAAAGGGAAGACUAUCUCCAUUUUUGAAGCGGCCAGUCAUGGAACCGUUGCCAGGGAUUUUACCUAUAUUGACGAUAUUGUAAAGGGUUGCUUGGCUUCAUUGGAUACUGCACAGAAGAGCACUGGGAGUGGUGGGAAGAAGAAGGGUCCAGCACAAUUGAGAGUUUUCAAUUUGGGAAAUACGUCUCCUGUGCCUGUUACUGAUCUCGUGGGCAUUUUGGAAAGGCUUUUGAAGGUGAAGGCCAAGAAGAAUAUGAUGAAGUUACCAAGGAAUGGGGAUGUGCAGUUUACACACGCCAAUAUUAGUUUGGCUCAGAGGGAACUUGGGUAUAAGCCCACUACAGAUCUGCAAACAGGGUUGAGGAAAUUUGUGCAAUGGUACCUCAGCCACUAUCAUGCUGGAGGAAAGAAGGCUGAUGCAUGAUGAUUUUGAUUCCUUAGGUUCUGUGGACGGGUAUUUGAAAAAAAUUUCUUGUUCACUAUGAUUCUUGUGAUUGUUUUUUGUUAACAUUUCUAGGGUUGAUAACUGCACAAUUAUUUUCUUUCCAUAUAUGUUCAAUUGAUGCUAUAAGGAGGAAUACCACGUCCUAUGUUGAAGAAGACUUUGUGGUUGGUGGAUAUUGUUCAGUGGGCAUUCCCAAAUUUUAUCAGAAGUAAAACAGAAUCUUCAGCUUAUUUCUAUUCUGUUUCAUUUUUUUUUAAUGUAAUUGUUAUAGUUCCAGCAUUUGUAGGAUUCAUAACUGGUAGAGCAUAUGUUGAUUGUGGGACAUGUAUCAGUUCUUAGCAAAUUCAAUAAAACUGAACUGGGUAACGGUGAUUUGCCA